AUGAUCGGAUUUUCGUCUCGUUCUCUGUGUUGUUGUUCUCGGUGACGCGACGGAGGUGUAGCCUGACGCGGUCUCUUACGUGUCGGCCUGAAUAAAAGUGGAGCUCCGAGGGCUCGAGAGUGACGGAGGGAGUCUGUAUCGAUUUCCACAGUAGCGGACAUUGAGGACUUAACAGAGUCAGUGGACGCUGGACAGUCUGAAGAUUCUGCCUAGGUUCCCCUCUUAAAGCCAACUCAAUGACCAUGGAGUCGGGAGCCGAUACCCAACAGGGUGCAGAAACUGCGGUCUCUGAAAAUGAGAACCAACAGCUCACACAGGCCCAAAUCGCCACUCUUGGACAGGUACUCCAAACAGUAACGAUGGCUGCCGGACAUGCAAGUGGCACAGCGCCCACAGUCACCCUGGUGCAGCUGCCCAAUGGUCAGACGGUACAGGUGCACGGAGUUAUCCAGGCCGCUCAGCCUUCAGUCAUUCAGUCACCACAGGUGCAAACUGUCCAGAUUUCCACAGUAGCAGAGAGUGAGGACUCACAGGAGUCGGUGGACAGCGUGACCGAUUGUCAAAAACGAAGAGAGAUCCUUUCUAGACGCCCCUCAUAUAGGAAAAUCCUGAAUGACCUGUCAUCAGAUGCUCCAGGAGUUCCGAGAAUUGAAGAAGAGAAAUCCGAGGAGGACACUGCGCCUUCCAUCACUACAGUGACAGUGCCAACCCCAAUAUAUCAGACCAGCAGUGGCCAGUACAUCGCCAUUACACAGGGUGGAGCCAUUCAGCUUGCAAAUAAUGGCACAGAUGGAAUGCAGGGAUUGCAGACUCUCACUAUGACAAAUGCAGGAGCCCAGCAAGGGACCACCAUUCUGCAGUACGCACAGACCAGUGAUGGUCAGCAGAUUCUGGUGCCCAGCAAUCAAGUAGUGGUACAAGCUGCUUCUGGAGAUGUGCAGGCCUAUCAAAUUCGCACUGCCCCAACCAGCACUAUAGCUCCAGGUGUGGUCAUGGCAUCCUCCCCGGCCCUGCCAAGCCAAGGAGGUGCUGAAGAAGCCACACGCAAAAGGGAAGUCCGCCUCAUGAAAAACAGAGAGGCCGCUCGUGAGUGCCGUCGGAAGAAAAAGGAAUAUGUCAAGUGUCUGGAGAACCGUGUGGCCGUUUUGGAAAACCAGAACAAAACGCUCAUCGAGGAACUUAAAGCACUCAAAGACCUGUACUGUCACAAAUCAGAGUGAUGUACCCACACAUUCUCCCUCCUUUCUGGCGGACUUGCGUGUACAGAGACUAAAGGACGAGUCAGCCUGACACGGACGCAUGUUUUCUAAAUGUUUUCUUAUUUUAAAUUGCUGCAGACUGCCUGUAUGAACACACAGGUAUGUGAGGGAACUCAACAGAAGCUCCCUGGCUAACACAAAUCUCUUCUAGAAAUUUCGGAUCAUGUCAUUAUAGACAAAAAAAAAAAAAACUGCUGAAAACUUUACUGUGGACUUAAACACAGAAGCAAGUUCUCAGCCAUCUUUACUCCGGGACUCAAACCGAAACUCAGCGGAGGGGUUUGGAGGAAAAUGUUUACCUUUUUUUUCCAGUGUGCUGGUGUCUAAGUCAUCAAAUAACUUUUAAAAGAGUUAGAAAUAAUGUAAAAUAAUAAGAAUAAUAAUUUAACUGAAAUUUCAAUAGUACGGUAGACAGAGGAAGAUUUUCUCUUGAAGUUGGCAUCAUUCCCUCUUGAGAUUCAAAAGGUUUAACGUGUCUGACUGCUACUUUUAUUUGGUGUAUAGUGCUCUUGUGUUUUGAGUUGACGUUUUUUUCCAUUACAAACUAUAUACAAAUAUGAAUAUUGAUUUACAGAAUCUAUGCCCUUUAUAAAAUUAAAUAUUGUGUAUCGUAUACAGAGCAAGAUUAUAUCCCAUUUACAUUUCGAUUUGGACAUUUUGCUCAUUUUAGAUGACAAACAAAAAUGAAUUACUUACAAUCCUGCCAUUGCAGUAGCAGAAGUUGCACAAACAAAAUAAAAUUAUUAUUUUAUUGCUGACAUUUCGUCUCUAAUACACCAAAUUCACGUUACAGUGUCAGGAGUUAUGCACAGACGUAAAUUUAAAAGGUUCCGACAUUUAUGUUGAUCAGAUUCAGCAGAUCACUUUUGUGUUAAGUUUGUAUAUCAUAGAGCUAUAAUUGGAUGAAAUACAGUCCAAUACAUUCUAUCUCUGGCAUUAUAGGCUAAAGCAUGUUUUAUCAAUAUUACAUUGGCUUUGAUAUCGUUCUAUGGUCUUUUUUGUUUGUUUUUUAACACUAUGAACGUGGAGGCGGUGUCUUUGUAUUUGAUAACACAAGUAAAGAGUAUAUAUGUUAUCAAUCUAUUAUGGCAUAUGCAUUUUGGCAGCUAUUUCAUAAAAAA